GGCGUAUAGGCAACCACAUUUAUCCAUUCGAUAACAUUUGGCAUUUGUUCUGACCGUACUGAUACAUAAGUACAUGUGAAUAUAGCAUAGACAACAGCUAAUGAUUGGGAUAUUCGCAUGUGAACCGUCCGAGAGUCGAAACGCAGCAUGAGCACGCUCCAUCUAUUACCGGUCGCCGCGUAUUUUCUGAACAAUUCAUUACUUAAUCACCAAUAAUAUAUAAUAGGAAGUGAUUUAAUUUCGCCGAAAGCAAAAACAAAAUUGCAAGAAAACCAAAUUUUUAAUUAAGUGAAUUUUAAUACAAAAAAGCAACAAUAAUAACACACAGAAAUGGAGGAGUUUAUGGAGAGUUGUGGAAUGCCUUCGCUCAGCAUAUCCGGUGCAUACCAUGUGUUGACGCGCCGCAAACCCAUGGAGGAUACAACCGAGUCCAAAUUGGCCAAGGUACUCUCCGCUUUUGAUCUCACAGCACUCGGUAUUGGCUCAACAUUGGGAGUCGGCGUUUAUGUGCUCGCCGGCGAGGUUUCGAAGGUCUAUGCUGGUCCCGCGGUCGUUAUAAGCUUUCUUAUCGCCGCUAUUGCAUCGAUAUUUGCCGGCCUCUGCUAUGCCGAGUUCGGUGCUCGUGUACCGAAGGCUGGUUCGGCGUAUAUCUACAGUUAUGUGACCAUCGGCGAAUUUAUGGCGUUCAUUAUAGGCUGGAAUCUGAUAUUGGAGUAUGCCAUCGGUGGCGCCAGUGUGGUCAAGGGAUUGAGCACCUACUUGGACAAGCUCUUCAAUUAUGCGAUGCGUGAUUAUUUAACCAAGAAUUUCGCCAUGAACAUCGAGGGUCUUGGGGACUAUCCGGAUUUCUUUGCACUCAUCGUUACGGUGCUGUUUGCAUUAGCCAUUGCAGUGGGUGCCAAAGAAUCGUCGCGUUUGAAUAAUGUCUUUACAUUCCUAAAUUUGAGCGUGGUGCUCUUUGUAAUCAUCGCCGGACUCUUUAAAGUUUCCCUCAGCAAUUGGUCUAUACCCAAAUCAGAGGUUCCCGAAGGUUACGGUAAUGGCGGUUUCAGUCCAUAUGGUCUUACGGGCAUCAUACGCGGCGCUGCCGUAUGUUUCUAUGGAUUCAUUGGGUUUGAUUGCAUCGCGACGGCCGGCGAAGAGGCCAAAAAUCCCAAGAAAUCCAUUCCGUUUGCGGUGGUCACAUCGCUCGCCAUGAUUUUCCUCGCUUACUUCGGCGUGUCCACCGUGCUCACCAUGAUGCUGCCUUACUUCGAACAGGACGAGCAAGCGCCAUUGCCGCACGUCUUCAGUCGCUAUGGCUGGUGGGUGGCGGAGUAUUUAGUAACAAUUGGCGCGCUGUGCGGUCUGUGUGCCAGUAUGAUGGGUGCCAUGUUCCCAUUGCCGCGCAUAGUGUUCGCAAUGGCCUCAGACGGACUGCUCUUCAAGUGCAUGGGAGAGAUCAGCCAGCGGUUCAAGACACCCUUCAAAGGCACGCUGAUCACCGGAGUGCUGACUGGCCUGCUAGCUGCCAUCUUCAAACUCAGUCAGCUGGUGAGCAUCAUGUCAAUCGGUACGCUCCUGGCCUACUCGAUGGUGGCUAGCUGUGUGCUCAUAUUACGCUACGACGGUGAUGAACGCAGAGAUGGUCGUGCUAUAGGAAAUGGUCGUUCCCUGGCCGAACGCGCUCAAACCAAUUGCAAUCUGUGGCGCCAGUUAUUCAACACCAACAAUGUAACGUUAGCAAACAGAAAGAGUAGCAGUCUGGUGACUUUAAUGAUAACAUUAUACUUUUCUUGGUGUUUUGUAUUCUCACAUUUUCUCCAAAAAGUGGAAAUCGAACCUCAAAAUAUUACUCCGCCUUACAUUGUGCUGCUGGUCAUCACUGGAUUGCCUUUACCGCUGAUAUUGUUCAUCAUUUCACGACAGCCACACUCCAGCACCCAGUUGGCGUUCAAAGUUCCCAUGGUCCCCUGGCUGCCCGGACUUUCAAUUUUCAUCAAUGUCUAUCUGAUGGUGCGUCUGGACGUAAUGACCUGGGUGCGCUUCGGCAUAUGGAUCGCCAUCGGACUGAUAAUCUACUUCAGUUAUGGCAUUCGUUACAGCCGUCAACGUAAACGCGAGUCACGUCUUGUACAUCCAGAAGCGACGGAGAACAGUGAGUCGGGUCUGCCAUUACAUAAUGAUUACACUGAGGUACCGCUCAUAAUCAUGAAUAAUGCAAGUUAAAAGCGCAACGACAGAGUACUGAAAAUGUGAAUAAAACA